CUUCUCCUUGUACAACACAUACGAUAUUUAUUUAUUUAUUUAUAUCCCUAGGGAGAAGACGAUAUUAUACGGAGCAAGAAGUGCAACGCAACUCGCUAAAAGUACAUUAUCUCAAGAAAGUCAGCAAAGAGUAGUAUCAUUGUUAUUAUUCUUUUUGAUUUCUAAAAUUGACUACUAUAAACAAACUGGGCAGUCAAUUCUUCAGAACAAGAUCAACUACAUCAAACUGGAGGCACUCAUUGAACCACCGUCACACACGUCCUCAAUUGUAGCUGAAGCAUAACCGACCUUACCGUUGUCUGAUUUGAGUCACGAAGGGGGUUUUUUUUUCUAGAAGUUUUUGUAACAAAAAAUUUUGACUGCGCGAGUCACACAAAUUAAAAUUUUGAAGUCUACCUUAUUAUAUACUUUUACCCACCUAUUUAUUCAAGAUGUCAUUUAAAGUUGACUGGAAUUCCUUGGAAACAGACUCACUUCGAAGUUGGACCAAGGAACUUUUAGAGGAUGCUCUUAAUUCUGGGAAAAGACCAAAUAUCCUUGCAUCUCAAAUAACAAUUAAAGAUCUUAAUUUUGGGAAAGUUGCACCAGAUUUCGAGAUUUUGGAGAUUGGUGAAUUGGAUAAUGAUCGGUUUAGAGGUAUUUUCAAAAUCAACUAUGAUGGAGAUUUCCAUUUGACUCUCAACACUAAAGUUGAAGGAAAUCCAUUAAAGAUCUAUUCAGAAAAUUCUCUUCAAAAUGAAGUUGGAUCUGAAUUUGUAACACCAAAGUUUUUAUUAUCAAAUGAUUCAUUUAAUUUACCAUUAGAUUUGAAAUUGAGUGAUAUCAAAAUUCUGGGAAUUGGAAUUAUUGUAUUCAGUAAGACUAAAGGUCUUACAUUAGUAUUUAAAAAUGAUCCAUUGGAUAGUAUUAAAGUAUCUUCAACCUUUGAUAAUGUCAAAGUAUUGGCCAAGUUUUUACAAGUUCAAAUUGAGAAUCAAAUUAGAGAUCUUUUCAGAGAGACAUUACCAACAGUGAUACAUCAACUUUCAUUAAAAUAUUUAUCUAAAACUUCAAAUAAUAGUGAGAUUUUGCAUGAACUUCAUUCUAAAUUAAUCAGUGCCACCAAUGGAGAAGAAGAACUGGAUAAAGUAUCAUUUAAUGAAAUGGAUAUUAAUAGUUCAAAUUCUAAUUUGAUUAAGAUUUUAAAAUUAUUUAAUUCUCGUGAAAAACUUGAUAUUAAAAUUCCAAAAUUUAAAGAUGUUAUUCAAAGAUCUCAUUUAGAAAAAUUUAAUAAGAAUUUUUCACCUACAUUAUCUCAUUCAUUGAACAUUAAUACAGCUGGGAAUUCUAAUGGGAUACCUAUUGAUGUAUUGACAAUGGAUGAUGAUAUUAAUGAAUAUUCCAAGAUCAAUACUACAUUGAAUAAGAUUUCCUCCAUUCAACUGACCAAUUUUUACAAGUCUGCCAAUACUAAACCAAAGAGAAGAGUGAUUAAAGUAGGUGGAAAGAAGAAGAAUAUGAAGAAAUCUACCACUUCUACUUCCUUAUCAUCUACUUCAUCUACCACCGCAGUCUCAAGCGUAUCAGGUACUGGAAGUGUAAACACUGCAGUUACAUCACCAGCAAGAAAGAAGACUACAACUCCAACCAUUGGAUUCAAACAAGAAUCGAUAGAAUUAGCACCAUCAAUUAUGAAACAUCCUACACCUAUGAAGGUUUCCAGAGAUUUCUAUCUUGAUUUAAUGAAACAUAAACCACAUUUGAAAGAUUUGGUUGUUCCUCCUGCAACACCUAUUCAAUCACCACACUCACAUUCACAUUUUAUUACAAGAAGUAAUUCAUCUCCAAUCAAUUCUAACUCAUCACUUUUGAGUGGACUUGGAUUGGGGAAUAAUUAUUUCAAUUUUACGACUCCAGCAGAGGUUAGCGAAAAGGAAAGAGUUGAAGAAGAGAUUCGUAAGUCUAUGAAUUACAUCAACAUGAACGAAGUGAUACGAACUCAAAACUUAUCGAAGCUUCAAUUAGAUGAAAAGAAGGCCAUUCCUUCUACAAGAAAAGCACAUGCAACAUCCUUCUUCCAAGAUCUUCCUCCUCCAUACUAUCAAGUUUAGUUAUACGAAGUUUUAUUUAACGAACAUUUAUUUUAGUUCUUUUGGUUACAUUUUUGGGUAUUUAUUACAAUAUAUUGAGA